AUGAUUAACGUACCUAAUAUCAAAAAUCUGGCCAACAGUAAGCUUGCAGCUUCGGAAUUCCUCAGCAUUGCUCAGAUUAUCAGCUCAGAGUGCCUUUCCUCAGGUGCCUUACACUGCACUCAACUAGACUUGCAGCUGAGUCUGGAAGAGGGACAGGUAAUCGGAACUCAGAAGGACUUAAUGUUCAUCCCUAGAGUGGCCGGUUAUGCACAGCAAGUAUGUGUUCAGUCAGCGGCAUACUUAACUACUCAAGUCUCAAGAUGGCUCACACAGGCGCUGGUAACUUCUUCCCUGUCUGUGUUUUCCGAUAAUACCAUGCCCGAAACUCAAGCUCAAAGGCCUACCCGUCGAAAACUCGUCUACGAGGACGAUUCAGAAGUUUAUGGUCAAACUGCAGAGGUCUCUAAGGAACGCUGUUUUAAUUCAGACAAAGCCAGCCGACAGUACCAUAUCCAAUUGAGGAUUCGAAACCUGGAAUCAGGACGUAGCCCUCAGUCAAGCCAAUGUGAAGAAGCAUCACAGGCUUUCGAUAUGAGGGAAUACACCCUGGCUGCUAGAAUAUAUCAAGAGAUCUUGAGUUAUUGUGAAGUAGAUUCGUCAGCAAAAAACGGCUUCCAGGAUUCUGUUGUAGUGCAAAUCUGUUUGAACCUCACUGAGUGCUACUUGCGUCUACAAUCUCCAAAGGAAGCUGAAUCGGUCUUAUUCCAGCUCUGGCACCCAGAAGGCAAAUAUACCAUAGGAGCCACUCAUCCACUCUGUUUGGAAACUGCGCGGUUGUAUUCUAGGUUGCAAAAGCAACUCAAAGGAGCCAUUGAAAAAAAUGGUGAAGAAACCUACAAUCAAGAAGAAGAACAGCUUGUUAAAGAACUUGAGCUAUUUUACAUGUAUGGCUAUCAAUACUUCAAAACAGGAUUUCCAGAAAAAGCUGGUGGGAUUUACAGGCAUGGUCUACAAUACUUGAAAGAAUCUGGCGAACGACUUGGUCUUCACCAUGCUGCAACCACACAAGAUAUCCAAAAGGCGUAUUUGAGGUUGACCCGUUUCUUCCAUCCAGACAAGGGCGGUGACACGGGUGUAAUGCAACAGCUGUUGGAAGCAUAUCAAACAUUAUCUCAUGAGGCAAAGCGAUCCAAGUAUGAUUAUUUGUCAAAAUGCAAUUGUAUGAGAUAG